AUGUCUUCGAAAUAUGCUGAUGCGCACCGGUCGACUAACGGCCCCGGAGAUGGCCGUCCAACGGCCGUGCAGAUUGUGGAAGAUGAAGACCUCACUGGCAAGCUAGUGGGCAAGGUCUUCCUCAUCACCGGCUGCUCUUCAGGGCUUGGUGUCGAGACAGCCAAAGCGCUGGCCACCACAGGGGCCACACUGUACCUCACGGCGCGGGAUAUCCCCGCUGCGGAGACGGCGCUGGCCAGUAUCUUGAAGCCGGGCCAAGUCGAGAUCAUUGAGAUGGACCUUGGCUCCCUGGCUGGGGUACGAGCCGGAGCAGAACGAUUCCUGGCCAAAAGCACACAGCUAAACGUCCUGAUCUGUAAUGCUGGCGUGAUGGCAAUCGCCAACUUGACCACCACGGUGGAUGGCUUUGAAACGCAGUUUGGUGUCAAUCAUCUUGCACACUUCUUGCUCGUCCAACUGCUGAAGGACACGCUCUUGGCUUCGUCUUCUCCCAAGUUCGCAUCUCGCGUAGUUGCAGUCUCAAGCAGCGGCCAUCGUGGUGGAGGAAUUCGCGUCGACGACUACGACUUCAUCAAGCGGCCCGAGGAAUACAACAUGUGGGGCGCCUAUUCGCAGAGCAAAACUGCGAACAUCUACAUGGCCAAUGAGAUUGAACGUCGAUUUGGCUCUCAGGGUCUCCAUGCAACCUCACUGAUGCCCGGCGCCAUCUCUACCGGGAUUCAGAGACAUCUUCCUGCCGAGGAGUCAAAAGAAUAUGCCCGGACCACGUGGAAGACUAUGAAGAGUCCGGCGCAGGGGGCAGCAACCACUGUGUUAGCGGCCAUUGGGAAGGAAUUUGAAAACAAGGGAGGCGUGUACCUGGAAAAUUGCGAGGUAGCAGGCUUGUAUCCUGAUGAUCGGGAAUAUGACCAUGUGCCUAACAUUGCCGGCUACGCGGAACACGCUUUCAAUGAAGAGUUGGCAAUUAAGCUUUGGGCAGAUUCUUUGAAGAUGAUCGGUGGGGACUCGGUCUUGUAG